AUGGACGCCAGGGUCACUCGGAUGCUCUAUGUGCUUUGCCUGAUCAUCACGGUCCAAGCCUUUACCCAGGAAGGAUUCAAGGAGGUGUUGCUGAAGCAGCUGGGGCUCUCUGAGGUCCCUACAUUUCAUAAGAGGGACUUGGUGGAUUUAGUUAUCCCAGACCACGUAACGAACAGAUACAUCUCCAUGCUGAAGCGCCACAGGGUGAAGCGCCGAGCUUUGCCGAGCCUGGCUGGCAUCCUCAGGGGCACCCCUGGCAACGCAGAAGCCUUCUACUCUGACUCCACCACUCGCCAGCAUCUGAUCUUUGACAUGGAGGGCAGAAUACCUAAAAACAGUGAAGUGACAAUGGCUGAACUGAAGCUCUUCAAAAAGCCUCUGGACAGAGCAAACCUGCCUGUCAAGCAGCCUCACAGGCCCGUCUCCAACGCCAGAGUCAGCGUGUACUGGGUGCAACGGCAUCACGAUGGUACCAACAGGACUUCCCUGAUAGACUCCAGGCUGGUUCCUAUCCGCGAGUCGGGCUGGAGGAACUUUGAUGUGACGCAGGCCGUGCAUUACUGGCUGCGAAACAAGAGGCGGGAGCCAAUGUUCCUGGAGGUCUGGAUUGAAGGAGAAAGAGCCGGCAGCCACGCCUCGGAGAUGGCCAAAGCCGUGCACUUCACCUCUCAGGACCCCAAGGACAAAGCCCUAGGCAAACCUGAGCUAGUGCUUUACACCCUUGACUUGGAAGACUAUGGGGGCCCUGGGGACUGCCCGGAGGAGGCGGUGGCAGGGAAAUUCACCUGCUGCCGGCAGAAACACUACAUCAGCUUCCGUGAGCUCUCCUGGGCGCAGCACUGGAUCAUCGAGCCGGCCGGGUACCAGGCUUACCGCUGCUCAGGGGGCUGCAGGCAGCCUCCCAGCCUGCUGCGGCGCUUCGGCUACAGGGAGCGCACCUGCGCCGUGGCAGAGACCUCCCCGCUCCCCAUGAUCUACCUUGUCAAGAGGGGCAACCGCACUGAGAUCCAGGUGGCCGAGUUUCCCAACAUGGUCGUGGAGAAGUGCAGCUGCGUCACUAAUGGUGUGGCACUGGUGUGA